CACGUCGGUGCACGGAUAGUAAGCUAAAGGAUAAUGCAAACAUAAACUAAUAUAAAGAACACGGAGUGAAAACUAAAGGAUAUAUAGAACAGAGAAGUUUGAUUACUUGGACCGGGUCUUUCUUGUUGGGCUUGUAUUCGUGAAAAUAUGGUGCAGCCAUUACUGCGAGGACACACGACUUAGGUAAUGUAAGCUAACUAACGUUAGCAACAGCCUGCUAAUUUUUAACGUUCCGCAAGGCCGCGGAGAAAUACGAGAGCUGCUUCCUGUUCUAGGUUCAUUGAGGAUGUAGGUUACAUUACGAUCCGCGUAACACAACCACAACCGUUAUCCAAGUAGUCAGUUCAGUGGUGUAAUCGAUUGCAUUUACAUUUCUUUUAAUUGAGCUUGCGGGCUACAUAGGUUGUUAGCUAUUUGGCUAGCUAGCUAGCAUGAGUGAACUGACGGACCGCAAACAGUCCGCUGACUCUGCAUCGAGGAAACGGUGUUCAUCACCCGACCAGGAUGAAGGCAGCACGAUCCCCAGCAAGUCCACAAAAGUAAGCGACACAUCAAACGAAGCUUCGGAAAGUUGCAGAAACAGUGAAGCUGAGAGUAAAGAAGCAACUGGGAGCGAGGGCCAGUCAAAAGACAGCGAGGAACAACCAGCUGCCGUUCAGACUUCAGACAGUACGGGUGGCACCAGUACAAAGUCUGUCAACAACUCCAGUGCUGAUGGUCACGAUGCCAGCAACACCGAAAAACCACAGUCCUCAGAUGCGCAGGGAUCUGCUGACGGUGCAAAGAACUCAACUCCUCUGGACCAGUCCGACUCAGCAGCCAUAGCAGCUGCUGAAGCACUUGCCAGUCUCACAGGAGGAGACGGGGAAGACAGCCGAGAGACUCCUUGCUCCUCUGAAAAAGCUAAACAUGUGAAACAGGGGAGCAAACUCAAACAACGUGGGGGGCACCAGUCCUCAAGAAUAGGCUCUAAAACACAGGCAGCUGCAGCAGAUAGCUCCACGUCUGUUCAUAGCACUGACAGAGAAGAUGCAGAUGACAUGCCAGACGCAGAUGAAGGGGAUGAAUCCAUAUCUGGAUCUUCCUCCACACCCAGCUCCUCUUUCCCAUCAGAUAAUGAGGACAAUGAUGAUGGGGAGUGUGCCAUUGUGUCAGUUAAGAUGGCCCCAGAGAUGAGACAAUCAGUGGCUCUCCUGGCGCAGGUACAGAUGAGACUGGAAGCUCUUGAGAAGAAAAGCGCCCGGCUCCACCAACGGCUGGAGCUGAAGAUUAGCCGUUUGCGGCGCCCGCAUCUUGACCAGCGCAGCUCCAUCACAAAGACUAUUCCUGGCUUCUGGGUGACAGCUCUGUUGAACCACCCUCAUCUCUCAGCUCACAUUGACGAAACUGACGAAGAUGCUCUUAGUUAUAUGACUGAUCUUGAGAUUGAGUCUUUCAAGAAUAACAAACUGGGCUACAGGAUCCGCUUCCACUUUAGACGGAACCCGUACUUCCAGAACAACAUCAUCAUGAAGGAGCUGCACCUCGGGAUGGGAGGAUCUCCUAUGUCAUUUUCCAACCCUAUCCUGUGGCAUCGUGGACAGAACCUGACAGCCCACAGCGAACCCAGGAAGUUGUCGCGUGGGGUCUACCAGACCUUUUUCAGCUGGUUCAGUGACCAUAGCAACCCAGGACAGGACGAUGUAGCACAGAUACUAAAGGAUGAUCUGUACAGAGACCCUCUGAGAUACUACCUCACUCCGCUUUGGGAACCGAGGGAGAACGGCAGUAGUGCCAGUGGGGCCAGAGCAGCUGACAAUGGUAACGGGGACGACUGUGUGGUAAUCUCCGACUCCGAUGACGAACCCGGUGAGGAGACUGGUGAGGCUGAGCAAGGCCACAGUAGGGAGGAGGAAGAGGAGGAAGAAGAAGAGGAGGACAGGGGGCCAAGCGCAGAUGAGAGCCCAGAGGAAGAGGACGAUGGUGGAGAAAUUGUGAUUGAUGGCUCUGAUGACAGUGACCAGGAGGAGGAGGAGGAGGAGGAGGAGGAGGCCUAACGAGGAGGCCUAACGAGGAGAAGUGAGGGCAAGUCAUCAAGGGACCAGAGACCAGGAAGAUGAGGAGGACGCUGAGGUUGUUGAAGAGUACCAGAGCAAAUGUUGAAUCCUUCUUCCUGAUGUUGGUCAUUUUUAUGCACAGAAUAUCAGUUUUUUUUUUGUUGUUUUGUACCUAAAAUACAUAGAAGCAUUUUAAAUCAGGGUUAACUACGACAAUAAAGCCAAGGCAUCAUGUUUCCCCUCUAUUUUAUACAGUCGGUACUGUGUAUUCUGAUGUACACAUACUGCACUUUUUGCAAAAAUGUUUUUUUCUAGAACAGGUUCUUAGGCAUAUUAUGCCGAUCAGUUCAUACAAGAAGUGUUCUUCUAUUUAAUGAAGAACAUUGUAUGACAACCUACACACACAAACACACACACACACACACACACACAUACACGUAGGUGAGACUGAUUGCCAAUACUUGUUGGCAUUAAAUUUUUGCAUUGCAAAUUCUUCAAACAAACAAAACGUUCAGAGGCAUUAUCAGUGGUCAUUUCAAGACAAAGUUUUGGCUGUUUUUAGAAGCGAUGUGUGACACUUGAACGUGUCACAAAGUAAAAAUGAUAUAAUGACAGUACAUUUCAGAUGCACUGAGUACUGAACCAAAAUUUGUUCUCAGGGAUGAUCAUGGUGGUAGUUUUAUUGAAAGAACCUUACUGAUUUUGAGACAUUUACACACUCUGGUUAUUGUUGGCUGUGAAUAAGGAAACGUGUACUCUACUGUAGUAAAUAGGAACAAAUAUUGUUUUAAUAUGCUAUCUGUGUUUUUCCUUCUUGUUAGACACACCAGCCUCCACCCCUGUUAACGAUCUGUAAACCAUCUCUGAUGUUUCCAAUCAUCGUGUAGUUUGACCAAUGUUUCUGUGGAUUCCCACAUUUUUCUAACACGCUCCUACUAUAUGUAGCUGAGUUUUUUUUUUGUAUUUUCUUUUCUAUAGAUUUUAACUUAAUUUGAUUUUGCUUUUUAAAACAUCCAAGGUUUGUUUUCAUGUAAUGUGUUUAAAGACUUGUGUUAUCUUCUUUUUAAAAAGAUGGUAUUUAUUACAUUUUUUUCUACACGUCCACAUUAUGGCAUGCCUGUGAGCAUGAGAUGUAAGACAGGAUGAUUACAUUAUUUACAAGGCUGUGUAGAGGAAAUAAUUUGCUGUGCACAGUGUCAGUAAAUGUUAAAAUUCACAGCAGCAUUAUGGGGUGCACUGUAACAAAACUAGUAUGUGUAUUUGCUUACUUUUCCUAGCAAUGACCUGUAAAUAAUACUUCAGCAUUGUCUUUUGGAUAAGACAGUACACGUGUUUAAUCCAUGGAUAAAUUUAUUGAAUAAUCUGGAGUUUUUUCAUAAACAUGAUCAGAAAGUUAUAUUUUGUGUGCUGUGUUUUAUAGAACACUGUAGUUUAAAGAUACUUGUUUGUUGCUUUAAUUUUGUUUGCUUAAAGAUAAAUGUCCACCUUUUGACUCAGACCUAAUAAAAUAGGCAGUUGUUUCA